AUGAGUGACUUUGGUUCUUACGGCGGCUCCGACGAGGAGUUCGCGUCGGUGCGCAAGUACAAUGCCUUGGUGGAGUCCGACUCGGACAGCUUCGAAAACUGGGAAAACCUGGUCAAGGCAUGCGAAUCCCUCGACGGCGGCCUGAACCGCAACUCCAGUCCCCAGGCCCUCGCCGCGUUUCGCGACGCGUACGACCGAUUUCUCCUCAAGUUCCCUCUACUCUUUGGCUACUGGAAGAAAUAUGCCGAUCUCGAAUUCAAUAUCGCGGGACCUGAAUCUGCCCAGAUGGUGUACGAGAAAGGAUGCGCCAGCAUCACCAAUUCUGUCGACUUGUGGACGGACUACUGCUCCUUCACCAUGGAGACGACCCACGAUCCACAUGUCGUCAGAGAGCUGUUUGAGCGGGGAGCCUCGUUUGUCGGACUAGACUUUCUGGCCCACCCAUUCUGGGACAAAUACAUUGAGUACGAGGAGAGGCAAGAGGCGCAGGAUCGCAUUUUUGCGCUGCUGGCUCGCAUCGUUCGUAUCCCGCUGCACCAGUACGCGCGCUACUACGAGCGCUUCCGCGCGCUCGCUCAUGCAAGGCCCUUGACCGAGGUUGUCGAUGCCGAGACGCUCACCAAGUUUCAGGCUGAGGUUGCAGAGGAAGUGCCUGGUCAACGGCCAGAACUCGAGGUGGAGCGUGACGUGCGAGCCAAGAUUGACGGCAUGUACUUUGAACUGUUUCAAUCUACGCAAAGUGAAGUGUCGAAGCGUUGGACGUACGAGUCUGAGAUUAAGAGGCCGUACUUUCACGUUACGGAGCUGGAACAUGCCCAGCUAAGCAACUGGCGCAAAUAUCUCGACUUUGAGGAGGCCGAAGGUGACUACAGCCGCAUUGUGUGCUUGUACGAGCGCUGUCUGACGACAUGCGCGUUCUACGAUGAGUUUUGGUUCCGCUAUACGCGGUGGAUGUCUGCGCAAGAGGAAAAGGAGUCGGAGACGAGGAACAUUUUUAUACGCGCGGCUACCAUGUUUGUACCGGUGAGCCGACCCGGCAUCCGGCUACAAUGGGCCUACUUUGAAGAGAGCACAGGUCGGGUAGGCGUGGCGCUGGGGAUCCACGAGGCCAUCCUGACGAGGCUGCAGGACUGCAUCGAGGUGAUAGUGUCGUGGGCCAACAUGGAGCGGAGGCAAAACGGCGUGGACGCUGCAAUUCGGGUGUACAAGGACCAAAUUGACGCGCCGACGGUCGACCUGUACACCAAGGCGGCGCUGGUGGCGGAGUGGGCGCUGCUGGUGUGGCGCGACAAGGGGUCUGCAGAGGAGGCGCGCGCCAUCUUCGUCAAGAACGUGCAGUGGUACGCGGACAGCCGGCAUUUCUGGGACAAGUGGUUCGACUUUGAGCUCGGCCAGCAGCAGGCCGACGGCCGGGGCGCGGCAGACCAGGCGGAGCGACUGCAGCACGUGUUUGAGGAGCUGCGCAGCAAGAGCCGGCUGUCGGGUGCAUCGAAGAGGGAGCUGGCGCAGACGUACAUGAGCUACCUGGUGCAGCAAGGCGGCAAGGAGGCGAUGAAGCGGUUCCUGGAAGUGGACCGGGAAAUGUUUGGGCCGGCGUCGGUGGGAUCGGCGAAGUCGGCGUCGUCCAAGGAGAACGGGGCGACGCUGCCGGCCGGGGAGCUGGACGAGGCGAGCCGGCGCAAGGCGGAGACGACGUGGCUCAGGUUUUACGAGGCACACUUUGAAGCGCCGGCGGAUGCGCAAGAGACGGCAGACUUCCAUUAA